AUGCUCUCCACUGCCGACCAAAAUGGCGUAACCAGAAAGGUUACAAAACCCAAGUCGAAGGAUCAUUCUGAACACCUCAUGAAGCGCGUCUCAAGAGCUUGUUUGCACUGUCGUCAGCGCAAAUCUAGAUGCGAUUUGGACAGCAGCGGAAGUCCGGGAACUCCUCCUUGUCAGCGUUGCCUACGAGAUCACCGUGAAUGCGUCCUAGGCAGCUCAAACAGAGGCGGUCGUCGUAUUCGCAAGCCUAAAAUCACCAAUCUUGAUAUCGACCCCAAUUCCUCUGGCAAUAAGUCGAUGCACCUCGCUCCAAGUGGAUCCUCGGGGCCUCCAGACCAGCAUCAAUUUUCCCAGCACCAAUAUCCGUCAGACCACUUUGGACGGUCAGAUCCACCUACCACCUCUACUAUCAACAUAGACGACGACGAUUCUGCAUCUACUACUGACAGUGCAAUUGGGUCGGUCCCGAGGAAUCCAUCAGACGCAUGGCAAUGUCUAACUAAUGUUGCCAAACGGGGGGCAGAGACCGCAAAUCUUGACAAAACAGGAGAACACUAUUCCGAUUCCACAAGGCGUGCCCGGUUGAGCGGAGAAGAAGACGACGAACCCCCCCUUUCAGGCAUCGAUGCCUAUCGACUCAUAAAAAAUGGUUCUCUAACCCGCGAGACUGUUUCCCAUCUGGUAACCCGCUAUGCGGAGAAUUUCCAUCCUUACCUUCCCCUGGUCCCACGAAAAUAUUUCGACCCAGCUGCUCUGGAAUCAUUUGCGUCGCAGGAGAAACACCUUCUCACGGCUGUUCUUACUAUUGCUUCAAAGGACCUCGUGGACACGCCGCAGGUUCACGAUACCUGCUCCCAAUAUAUGCACGAGCUGAUAUCGGGCAUUGCGGCUGGUAUAGAUUGCGAUGUUGAAGCGGUAGAGGCUUUGCUACUCCUUGCUGAAUGGGAGCCACAAGGCCUGCGGCCAAAAAUUGAGGCUGUUGGACGAGGAGAAGAGGAUAGGGCAGCUUGGAUGCACGUUGGAUUGGCUCUACGCUCAGGAUACUUUCUUGGUCUCGACCGCACCUCUUUUAGAGGUGAUCCCACAAUUGACGCGCAAGUUGAUGGACGGAAACGGCUGGCAUGGACCAGCUGCUAUAUUUCCGACAGACUGAUAUCUGUUCGCAUUGGGAGGGCAUUCUGGUCUCGGGGUCCUGGCCCUAUGACUGGACUUGUAAGUCAAGACUUCCCAUCUCUACAACCUCUCACCUCGACCGAUGAAGACUACGCAAAGAUUUUCCAGGCUCUCCUGGAUCUCACACAGCUCUACGGAAACGUCCACGACGUCCUUUACUCCGGGAUGCGCACGAGCAGUCAGAUGAUGCUUAUGGGGGAUUAUGUGAAAUAUGUUGACGAUUUUCGUAAUGCCAUUGACCGUUGGAACCGUAUUUGGGGGACGCUAACUUGCUCUCCACAUAUCAAAGUGACGCUACAGAUGUCUUACGAAUAUUUGAGGUUGUACACCAAUGCCUUCGCGUUCCAAGCGGCAAUCUCGCAGGCCCUUACCUCCAAGCCCAAGGGGGAUGCCUUGAGCCAGAGAGAUCACCUACGGGCAGCAUUCAGUAAUGUCGCGUCCAUGCAGGAUGCUCGGUUUAUAUACGCAUCAGUGGAUGCGGCGAAAUCCUAUCUUACAAUUUUGAAUAACUUCGUUGAUCCCGAGAAACAUUUGCAUUUUAUGCCGCUGAGGUAUUAUUUGUACAGCAUAUAUGCGGCCGUAUUUCUCUAUAAGGCGCGGUCAUUUGGAGUAAUGAAUACUCAAGAGGAACAAGGAGUUCGACAUUUAAUAAACCUCACAACGGAUAGACUCCAUAGAGCGAGCGCUGGACCGGACGACAUCGGUGCGCGGUAUGCUCGACUGCUAGAGCUGCUGUGGAAAUCCAAAUCAUCCUCUUCUUCCGCCUCUUCAACGAACACGCAAGAGCCGCCGCGCAAAGAUGAAAGCGUUCCCGCAGGUGCAGUUCCAAAUAGACUCCCGGAGCAGUCAUAUGUGCAAUACAGCCCUAUGAACGACUUCUCCUGGCUAGAUCUAGGGGCUGUUGGUGACUAUGUCUCUGGAUACCCCAUUGGGAACCCCGGCAUUAUCGGUAUGAAUUCAUAUCAGCACCCCAAUUCAUACCCCGCAACCUCAGAGGCUAUUUGGCCUGUUCAAAGUUUGCAGGUUGACCUUAACGGCAACCUCUUCUUUUGA